CGUAUGUGGUGGUGUUUUUUCACGUUUCUUAGCCACACCAAGUAGUAUGUGAGAGUGUGGCUGAGUGGUCUGUGUACCUAGUUAGUCAAACGUGUUGAUGUGGAUCCUGUAAUUGCCUCAGGAAGCAGGGGUACCUGAGCUACCGGGGCCACAGCUGCCCCACUCUAUGUUGGCCAUGUUCAUGCCCUGAAGGCAUUACCAGCUCUGCCUUCAGUGGCUGUGCCAUUUUGCAGCGUGCUUGUGUGCCGAGGCAUCUUUCUAGAGUAUUCAAGGUCAUAACAGGGAAAGUGGGUGGUGGUGGGCUGCGGGGGCUAUCGUGAAGCAGAAAUACGAACUGGCACUAUGGGAAGGAGGAAUUGCUGCCCGUGAUACCUGCUGAGCCAGCUGUGAUCUCACAACUUGAGGUCUGUGCUGCUAAGCGAUGGUCUUGUGAAAACGCCUUUUGAAUCCUUCUGAAGUGGGGUGGAGGAGCCCCUGCAGAGCAGGCCUGCACUAUCACCGGGAGUUACACAUGGGACAGAGCAAGGAUGCAUCCACAGGGAGGGAGCAGCUCCAGUUUCUGUUUGUGCUUUCUCUCUAAGCUGUCCUGCCAUUUCUCUAACUUCCUGUCCCCCUUGAUCCCAUGCUGUGGAAUUUGGACCUUCCCCCCCAUCAGGCCUAAGGCACCCCAAAUGUUUCUUUAUAUGAGACUCCCCGUGGUCCAGGGCCACAAAGGCUGGGCAGGGGUAACAAGGUGGCUCUGGAGUAUUACUGCCGCCCUAUUCUCCAUGGAAUUACAGCACCGUGCUGGGGACUGGCUGCACCUCUGAGCCCAGACCUGCUGUUACCUCUUUCCAAGUGUCUAGCCCUCCCUCUCUGGGGUGACCCCAAGGGCUCUGGGGAAGGUGAUCAAGGAAAGAAGUAACCAUCAUCUAUACAAUAAGGUGUCAGGAGGGGUCCUGCAGCGUGGUGGGGGAGAGGCUGGGGAGAAUCAAUUCACCUGGACAGGAAAAAAGAGGAGGUUGUAAGGACACCAGAGUUCUUCCCCAUGGCUUUUUGUGCAGUGCAGACCCAGGGUCAUCACAGGCCCAUGAUUCUGUUCGCAGUGGCCUCAAUUUAUAUGUUUGCUGCACCCUUCCUCCCUGCUGCAGUAUCCACAACCUGCCCUGUACCAUGCUCUACCCUUGGCCGGUGUCAAAGGUGUGUCCUUGGCCAUGUACUGCCCUUGGUUCUACUCUCAGCCUCUCCCCAGCAGCCUGCUCUCCUAAGAUUGCUAUUUGACAGAGGAAGUCUUAACCCUUCCCUGUUUCCUCGCAGUUUUAAUUUUUCCAGCUCACAUGGCAGGAGAGGUGGCUCGUGACACUUUGUGUAAAGGGAUCAGUAUUGUUUCCUUGGUCUCAGGGGAAGAGGCUGCCCUAGGUCUGGCAGUGACCCUGCAGAAAGGAAGGCCCAUGAGCUGUGCCACCUCUGCAUCCCGUGAGGGUUGUGCAGUUGUUACUGCUUGUUCUCCUUCGUUAGCGCUUGGGUCAAAGCAGGGCAUUGUCUCUGCUCAGAUCUUUGGUGCUUGGCUGGGAGUGCCCACCUCCCGAUGUGCCAUCUCAGCAGCACUGCUGGACAGGGAGGAGUGGCUGGGGUACGAUCCUAGUGCCAGAGUGGACUGUGGCCUCCAAGCAGGUCUCACAGUCAUGCUGCAGGAGAUGUUAGAAAGGCCAACAACAGUGUGGGCAGCCCUGGGGCAGGAGAUGCUGAAGAAACCUGUGCAGGGGCUGCUGUGCUGCCGGUGGGGCAGGGAGCCAGGGGAGUAUGAGUGGGCUGUUUGUGAGGAGAGCAGCGUCAGCCUGGCCUUGCACGGGCUUCCUGCCCAGGUGCUCUCUGCUCACCCUCCUGCUCCAGGGUUGUCUGGAAACGUGGCUUAAGGGGAGGGACCUGUGUGGGCACAGCGGGUGCCGUGAGUGCGCCAGUCCCUUCCAGCAGGCAGCUGCACAGCAGAGCUCUGCUCCUCAGCCCGAGACACCACUGCACCCAGUGCUCUCACUGCACUACCUGGAGAGUGAGGGGCUGCGCCCGCUGCUGCCUGCUGCCUGGUUGCUGAGCUGUAUGUACCAAGAAGUACCAGGUGAGGGAUGCUCUAGAAUCGUGUUGGAGACGCACAACCUUCAGGCUGUGCCCCACAGUGGCCAGACAUGGCUAGCUUGGCACUGGGAACCAUCCUUGCUGUUCUGGCCUCGCUCAUCAUCACUGCCAAUGUACUGGUGGCCAUCGUCCUUCUUUGCCUUAUCCAGAAGAGUGGCUACAAGGGACACUAUUUUGUCCUUAAUCUCGCUGUCGCAGAUGCCAUGGUUGGCUUCACGGUCAUGGGUCUGGUCAUGGAUGAGUUUUCCAAGCUCUUUUAUCCACCCCACAUCUUCUGUGUCCUGCGAAUGGCUUUUGUGACUUCCUCUUCUGCUGCUUCUAUCCUAUCCUUGACUCUGGUUGCGUGUGACAGGCACUUGGCAAUCAGAAAGCCUUUCCACUAUUUCCAGUUGGUCACGGGCUUGCGGGUUGGGGUGCAGCUGGUGGGGCUCUGGCUGCUUGCCGCUAUCAUUGGCUUUCUCCCAGUGUUUGCCCCAGUCUUUCAGAAGAUCUCUGCUCAGGAAAAGUGUUCCUUCUUUGGAGUCUUUCACCCCACCUACAUGCUCACUGUCUCCUGCAUCGGCUUCUUUCCAGCACUGUUUCUCUUCAUUUACCUCUACUGUGACAUGUUGAAAAUUGCCUCUGUGCAUGUGCAGCAUAUCCGUGAAGUAGAACACGCAGGGCUGGCUGGGAGCUGCCCCCCACCCCACACCACUAGUGACAUGAAGGCCUUGCGCACCGUGGCUAUCCUCAUCGGGUGCUUCGCACUGUCCUGGUUGCCGUUCUUCAUCGCCAGCAUCGUGCAAACUGUGUGUACCGAGUGCUUCCCCUACAAAGUCAUUGAGAGCUACCUCUGGCUUCUGGGACUGUGCAACUCCCUCCUGAACCCCCUGCUCUACUCCUGCUGGCAGAAGGAUGUGCGGCUGCAGUUCUCCCAGCUAGCUGCCAGUUUAAAGAGGAGAGUCCUCCUUCACUUGGGCAAUCGCCACCGUUUCCCCGGCAGAGGCACCAAAUCCCUUCCUACUGUGUCCUGCUUGCGGCUCCAGGACUGACGUGGUAAGGAGUAGCAAUCACUGGCUUUCUGGGUUAUCUCCUUCACCACAACCAUGAACUCAGGGCCUGCCGGCUGUGGAGGAGAUCACGGACAGGGUGGGACAGGUCUGGAUGCUAAUUCCCAGACGACAGCAUGGCCAGCACAGCUGGUUUUGCACCAGCUCCAGGGCAGCCCAAAUUGCAGGUGCAUAGCGCAUGUUAAAUUUUGCUUGGAGAGCCUCAGCAAGAACAGCCUUGUGUCUGCUGGGACCAAGCCCUUGGCACCCAAUCCACAGGCUAAGAUCCUUCACCUUUUGCUGCCUGGAUUCCCCCGUCCAUACCUGGGGGUCCGUCUGCACUCCCCUCUGCCUGCAGACUCAGCUGUCUGGGUCAGGUCCCCUGGCACCUGGGGCAGGGCUGCUCUCACUAUGUUGGCUUUGUUGCCCUUGGCCCCUUGGCCAGAUGCAGUAGAGACUGGGAGAUGUGUGCACAUCCUAAAUCUGUCCAGGACCACGUGUGCUCCCAAUCACUGCCCUACUUAAAUCAAACUCAAAAUCCUACAGAUGCAGUCUGGGUUGUCCCCCAAACCUGUCCCCUGACUGCGAUCAGUCCUGCAUCUGGAGAGGUGGCAGGCUCAUCCCUCCCCCAGGCUGCACCCGCCCCAGGCAGAGGUGAGGGGUAUGGGCCUGGGGUCCCUGCUGUGGUGCAGGGGAUGCAGUCAGGGGUCUGCUGUUCUUCAGCAGCAGCUGUACCUGCACCAGAGCAAGUGCUGAACAGCCCCAGGCACUGCAUGCCUGGGAGAACUGCAGGGCAGCACAGGUUGUGCCGUCGCUGUUUGGCUUGAGCUGUAAAGCAAGUUAAUGAGUAACUGACUGAAUGCUGAGCUUUAACAAGGAGGAAGACCUUGGAGACAGGGAAAACCCUGUGCAGAAGGGCUGCUUUGUCCCACCAAGGCUGUAGGAUUGGUCAUGGGACUGCAAAGGUCCCUCUACACUGACUCACAAGGUGGGUGCACACAGCACUUGUGCAUGUCGUCUCACACCGUGGUGAUGGCCAGACUGCUGACCCUGCCAGAGGCUAUGAUAACAUUUAAUUGCUUUUUGUUAAAUCACAUCCAUUUAAUCCACAUAGUAAUAAAUUUUCCCUUAAAACAGGUUUCUUAGCUAAGAACUCACUCUAAUCUGAAAAUGAGGAUGCAAUGCAUAAAAUAGCAGUUGCUUCUACCGCUGUCACUUGCCCUGCUAGUAGAUAUGAAGGCUCAAGGCCAUAUCCUAUAUGCGUGCAGAACCUGCCUUGGUUCUGAGGCCAUCCCCAUACCAGAGGAAGAGAAAAAAAAAAAAAAGUGCUCUAUUAAAAACAAACAAAAACCAGUGGGCACUCUGUGGCACUCAUCUCUCUGCCUGGGAAGGGCCUGAGACCAAACACCACUCAUCAGAUCCUGUUCCUGGCUGUAUGUUAGGGAGCCUGAGAUAAGGCUCGUAUAGAAUAGACCUGGCUCUGUGUGUGUGAACUGGUGCCUUGCAGGUGGAUCUAGUGGGUGGAUCCAGUCUGAUUCAGUUCUGGGGAUCAGUGCAUCAUCUGUCUGUAUGAUAUGUUUGCUGCGUGAGCUCCAACAGCUGUUGCUUUGCAAAGCUGACCUGUCCUUGCUGAGCAUCUGACGAUGCUGAAGCCAUCCUCUGCCUCCCUCACGUGUGCUUCCUGCAGCGCAUCACGUGCGAAUACCCACUGUGAACGGAGAUGCUUUGCAAGUGGGCCUCUUGCUGCUUCCCGAGCUUGCUGACUGCUGCAUCCACUGCUGUUCUGCUGCCCACAGCGGGCCCAGCCAUGGACAGUGUUUGUGCCUGGCACAGAACCACAAGGGACAGCAGAUCUGGAACAGGCGGCUAUCACGCUGGGUGCCCAGCAGCAGUACCCCUGGAUGUGUAGGCCUGCAGCCACCACGGACCCCCUGUCUGCUGCCGGGAUUACAAGCUCCGACCACCUCCUCAGUGCCAGAAAUGCUACAGAGACCCAGGGUCGUGGAGAUAAUGCCCUUCUGCCGAUUGUGUGGCUGGAGAACGUAGUCUAGGUGGAAACAGAGCAUCUAGCAGAGGAUCCCUUGCUGAGCAUCUGCGCCCUGGCACUGACCUGCUUGUCCUCCCUCUCUUCGUGCCUUGGGUGGAGGUGGUGCUCGCAGCUGGGGCAGCUGGGGCGCCGCUUUCAGGAGACACCUCUGGACCUGACGGGGCCGUUCCCGGUGUGAGACCGUGCCUGCCUCCACAGAACCACAGCAUCAUCCAGGUUGGGAGAGACCUCUGAGAUCAUCGAGUCCAACCUCUGACCUAACACUACCAAGCCCUCCACUAAACCACAUCACUAUCCCGUGUUCCAGAGAGCGCCCGUCCCCAGCUCUGCCUCGCGGUGACUGGGAACCGAGCACUGGGAACCGAGCACUGGGUGCGCUGGGAGGCCGCGGGGUGAGGAGGGCCCGGCCGUUCGGCCCCAGCGCCACGGGAAGGGGGCGAGGAGCGGCUCCCCUGCUUGCUGCCCCACCGGCUGAAUAAAGCCCGUGUCU